AUGAGGGGUGCCCCUUCCUUAUUCGCCCUACUCCUUGUAACUUGUCUCGGAGCCGGAGAGGCCCUCUUGGUGAAGCGUUUCGGAGGCACUGAUCCUGUUUCCCUUGAGUUGGCUGAGGAGGGAUUAGACGUGCCCUCCUCAGCUGCCCCCGCUACCUCUGCUUCCCGCUUUAUAGAGCUCUCGCACAAGGCGCGGCGGCGAGCCCUCACUUCUCACUGCCAGGAAGGUGACUGCAGCUUCGCCGUUCACCAAGCAGAAGGUACGAAGACGCUAAAGCAGCAACUAAAGAAGAAGGCCAAAAAGUUGGAGAAAAAGGUAGACAAAGAGAAGAAGAAGUACCUUGAAAAGCACAGCGAAGAGGAAUAUGCCGUCUUAAAGUACACUUCUAUACUCGAAGCCUUAAAAAGGGAGAACUCGGGAGAGGAAGGAGGUGCAGAAGGGGAAGAAGAGCAGCCGCCGCAACAACAAUUCUAG